UUAUUGAUCAGAACCGUGUAAAUGGUGGGCCACACCCCAAAAACAUUCUAGAUUAGAAUAUCCUAGCCAUCAAACAUCUGGCCUUUUUAUUCCUGUUGUUCAUGGGCCACUGAUCAAAGAGUUAGAAUUUCCAACUUGGGAGUUUUCUCUUUGUGCAUCCACCAUCCACGACGGGACCCAUCGCAACGGCUUGGAUCAUCUAAAUUUGGGCCCCACUUGUGCUAACUGGAUGUAUCAGGGCCUUAUAAUUUCUCAAUCUUUAGUGUAGGAUCCACGGGCAGUGGCAUGGAGGGGACAGCCGUGGACUCAAUCUGCAUUUCAGCAUAUCCUACUGAACAAUUUAUCCCACAGAGGAAUAACACAGUCGAUGACAAUGAGAAAUCAAUUGCAGAAGUAGGGCCCACAUUGGAUUCUGCUAGCCCUUGCACUCAUAAGGGAUUAAGUAAAGAUUCGGGUGCAGGUGCAAAUGCAGGUACAAGGACAGAAAUAACAUUCGUAAACAACAAUCCCCUCUCUGAACUGGUGUGGUCCCCACAUAAAGGUUUGAGUCUUAAAUGUGCUGAUUUUAGCCUAGCCGAGAAGAGGUCCUCUCUUUUGUGGAGUACAGAAUCAGGCAAUAUGAUAGUUUCUCCACCACAAAGCCUUCAAGCCAAUGAGAGUGAUGAGGCUGGAACUGAGGCUGAAGGAAAUGUGAACUCAAUGCAAUUGACACCCAAUCCAAAUAAUGAAAUUUCUGAUAAAGGAACUUCAGUCCCGUCUCCUACAACCAUUGCUGGCAUCACAACACUCUGCCAGACAAGCCAUGGACAAAAUUCAAUAGGAUCAUGUGGUGACAUGGAACCAUUGACUGUGACCAUGAAAGUAUUGGGUUUAGAUGUUAAUCACAUGGAGAACGAUCAAUCAGAGAAGAAAGAGAUGAAUACAUGUUGUCCGAGAGAGGCCCGAACAAUUGUAGAUGUUUGCAAAGACAGGACAGAGACAGCCGCAACUUUCCCUGACGAGGCUUCUAGUCCAGGUCCAUACAAUGGGAGAACUGCUGGCUUUUUACAAUUUAAACCAAAAGAACCCGAUUCUGAUUCAGCACCAAUAGAAUUCAAGCAUGGAGAUAGCAACAAAGGAGCAAGCUGUGACCGUUCUGAGGAAAGCAGAGACAUUGGCAGUGGGAAUAUUCGGUGUGUGGGGCCAACAGAUAUAUUGUGUUCUGAAGUUUCUACACUUAAACAACAUAAUCUCCCCAAAAGUCCGGCACCAAUUUCAGAGAGAAAACAUGCUGACUCAAUUCUAGCUGCCAAAGAAAACAAUGGAAAUGGAACAAAGACUCCAAAGUUGAUAAAACUUUCUUCCAUGGAAAGGCCUGAGUCGACUGCAGAAAAUGAUGUACAACCUUCAAAGACAGCUGCAGAAGAUGGAAGUGCAUUUGCUGAGGUUGGCAUGAUUGUAAUCGCAUCCCAGCCAGAGGACGAAGGUAAACGUUGCAUAGACCAGAAUCAAAGGGUACCUCCGAUGUUCAAUGAAGUUACUCCAGUUGAAGCUGCUCCAUAUAUCAGUGGAAUCCAUCCUGAUCGAAGAAAAGGUAAAGAAAAGGCUCUUUCUGAUGUGGAAGUCAAUCGGGCUGUUUCAAAGGAAGAGGACGACAGCCAUGAGAGUGUCGAAAGCAGGAAUAGUGGAGGGUUGUUUUCCACAGGAAAGAGAGCAUGGUGCUUUGAACAGCAGCUGCUUAUCAGAAGUAAAAAGAUGAAGAAACAAUGCCAUGAAACUCAAUGUUCGGCGUCUUUCUUUGGACAAGAUAGCUCUUUCAUGAAUUACAUAUCUAACAUGAUGAAGGGGUCUCCUAAGUUCAAUCCAGACGACAUGCCUUCUUUGGCAAUUACCAGAAAACCAACUCAUCAUGGAAGCAGAUUUCAUGAUUCACUUGUCAUUUCGCCCAACAGAAUUCAAGAUCCCAGUUUCAGACCUAUGGGUUUCCAAAGCAUCUUUCAGGCCUUGUAUUGUCCACCCUUGAGGGUAGCAGGCAAGAAAACCAGUAGUUUGGAUCCUCAAAUAGACACAAAAGGUCCAAAAGAACUUGAGGUGGCCCACAAGAUCCCUUGUGAUGGUGGCAGCACGCAUACGUCCUCAGACGGGGAGAAGAACGUUAAAUUGCUUGAACUAAUCCCAAUAUCAAACCCGGGUGUCUAUCAAGCUGGAGAAUGUCCUUCAACUCGACCCAACGUUCCUUCCAUCAAUAUUAUUAGAGUUGAGGAAAACCCCACAAGUGACUUUGGGGAGAACCGCCAUUCAUGCAAUGUUGCACAUGCCAUCGAGUUGGGAGGAGGACACGCUUCCGGUUCAUCUCUCCAGAACGAUUCCAUCUCUCCAACUGAAUGUAAGGGGGCCAGUAGACAUGAUUCUGCUGGUCGAAACAAGUCUUCGAACUCGGUGACCAACAGAAGCAGUCUGUUCGAGAGCCUUUGGAUAACUCGCUUUUCUCCAAAAGUUUCUGCACCUGUUUUAAACUCAGUUCAAUGCAAUCCCGAUAUGGCAGCAGCUAUCGAGGUAUCUACUGAUUAUAAUAGGUUUCUUCCUCAUUCUCAGAAUGUUGUCUUUACUGUCAAGGGCCCAAACAUUGUAGAGGAUAGGCAUGAGCCUUCCACCAAAGAAGAAAUGAACACCGGAAGCAGAAAUAUACAGAACUAUUCAGUGGGCCCCUCUGUCUCAUGCGGCUCAAAAAGGACUAUGGUACAUACUGAUCAGAAGUUCAAAUCUAAAUUAAGUCCGAUCCUACCUUCUGAAAGAUUACAAAAUUCGGAGGCGAUGGCUUCUGUUUUUGCAAGGAGGUUGGAUGCGCUCAAGCAUAUCAAACGCUCAAAAGCUACAGAUAGUGAGAGCCGUGCAACCACAUUGUGUUUCUUUUGUGGCGUCAGGGAUCAUACAUUAAGAGACUGCUCAGAGGUGCUUGAGUCUGAGCUUGAUGAUCUUCUGAAAAAUAUAAAUUUAUAUGAUGGAGCAGAAGAAUCAUCCUGCUUAUGCAUUCGCUGCUUGCAGCUCAAUCAUUGGGCCAUCGCAUGCCCAUAUGCAUCCUCCAGAAAACAAACGAACCCAGAUGGUAAUGCCUCUUUGGACAGAAAACGCCAACUGCUUGUUGCGUUUACAAAUUCUCACUGCGAAAGUUCAAGAGAGGAGAAUGAGUAUAUGGUUCAUACAGAUGCCCACAACAAGCUAACCCAAACUAGGAUCCUAAAUGGAAGCAUUUCGGAUUUGAAGCCAGCCAAGAAGGAUAUUAUAGGAAAAGAUUGUUAUUAUGGAAAUAUGAAGGGGAAGAAAGCCUCUAGAGAAUUUAUACUUAACGGGAAGCAUGCUUCUUCAAGUUCCAAGGAGAAUGGGUUGAAAGAAAAUCAAAUCACGCCCUUCAACUAUGUCAACAGACCCAUCCCAGAUGUACCAAGAGGAAUCUUUGAAGUGGUAAGGCGGCUUCGUUUGUCACGGUCGGAUAUUCUCAAAUGGAUGAAAUCCCCGGUUCAGAAUUUCCCUAUUGAAGGUUUUUUCCUUCGGCUACGGCUUGGGAAGUGGGAAGAAGGAUUAGGGGGCACCGGUUACCAUGUGGCUUGCAUUAGUGGUAAAGCUGCACUCUAUAGGGCAUCCCAGGAAAGUUCAUGUGGAACUUGUAGAACUCCCAUUUCUGUGGAAGUAGGGGGUUUUAAAUGCUUAGUUGACUGCCGUUACAUAUCUAACCAUGAUUUCAUUGAGGAUGAGCUCAUGGCGUGGUGGUGCGCGACCUUGAGAGGUGAUGGCAAACUGCCGUCUGAGGAAGAUUUGAACAUGAAACUAAUAGAGAAAACUAAGUUUGUUGUAGGGUAAUAGGUAGCUGAAUUGUAAAUUAUUUUUUUUAUGAAUGUAAAUAGAGUUUUGGAUUUCUACAGUGUGCAUGAGCUAUAGCCACCGGUGAUUAUGUAAUCAAGGACCAUCGAACGAUCGUAAGAAAUUUUCAGACA